CGAUGACCUUCAUGGCAUGGUUUAGAUUCGUCUUGUUGUCAUGAUUUACCUUUGCAAGCAUUGAAUAUAUUGUUGCCCUAAGACUUUUAUACCCAGGAAUAUCUUUUUAAACAGACGCUCUAGUUGACUUAAUUGAACACUGUCUGUACAUGACUUUUUGAAUGGGUAACUGAGAGCGCGCUGCUGGUAUAUUUGUGCAAAAACUAACAAUCGUAAAUCGUUAUAGUGGGAUUUUAUUUGAUACCGGAGUUUGCGUAGAAGUAUUAGUUACUGGCCUAUGCACAUGUACCAAAUAUGGCUAACUCCCAUAUUAGUCAUCGAAUUCUUACAAUUCAAAUUGUAGGGAUCCCUACGAGUUUCCCAAGCACAAAGCCUGAGGUAGUAAAUUUUACUUUUGCGAAAAUGUCUAAACGAUUUUUUUGAUUAUAUAAAUGUCGCUUCUAGCUAAAACAUAGGUCAUGGCACAAACUUUAAAAAACGUGAUCCCCAUUCGUUCUGCCACCAUACAAUCAUGUUUUAACACAUACACUCAUCAGGGUAGCGAGACUAUAAUUUAUGGACGAACCGAUCAGGUAUAAGAUGACAGGUCUCGGAUUUCAGCGCGAAAUUCACCCAUCUAUUUGGCUAAAUAGAGUUUUGGCUUUAUAGCUGAUGUCAGUUCGUGAUAAAAACCCUAAAUGUAAUUCCUAACUCUAACCAUCAACUGUAAAUCAUAAUUCUAAUUCCUCACACUGGCUGAUAACUCUCAUUUGGCCCUAGUUAUUAGGUGAAGACUCUCAAGGUCAGUUUAGCAUCACUCAAAGGUCGCCCAUAAAUUAUAGUCUCACUGUGAGUUUUAUAUGUAAAUGUUAAAGUACACUUGCUUGUAUAACAACAUUAUCUAGCUGAAGACUAGACAUAUUGAAAUGUGUUCUCAUAUGGCCAUUGCAAAUUACUGAUGCAACCAUGCGUGACUUCAAAGUAUCACUGUCAUGCAACUAAGUAGUCAAUCAGUCAGCUACAACGUAAAACCAGGCAUAUAUAUGCAUCAGUUCAAGUUGAUACAGGGAGAAAGAAUUAGUUCGUAUGAAGAAAGAUAUGAAGUAAUCCUAACUUCACGGUUUAAGGGAAGACAAAGAGUGUAUACACUUACUCCAUUGUUACCGAUUCUGAGCCAUGUCUCACAGAAUCUCCAAUCGCUGAUUACGAUAGUCGCGUGGACCCAACCAAGUGGUUUGCAUCUACCAACAUGGCUCUGACCAGAAGUUAGUGACUUGAAGUAUGGAUGCCACAUUUUGGUUUGGUGACCCCUGAAUUUCUUCCAUCCGUUCCCAGCACUAGCCAGCAUUGCACGCCAUGGUGAUCGGUGGUUAGGCAUGUGAAAUACGUGGCCCAACCAUCUCGGGUCAUGAGGAUUUACAAUCAUCAACUGAUUUACCACCAUUCCAUAACACCCUGUGUCUAGCCGCACUAUUACUUACCCGAUGAUCCCAGAAGAUGCGAGCAAUAUUUCGAAAACAUCUGUGGUCAAAUACAAGUGAUUAACGUGUAAAGUAAAACAGCGAGUUGCUACGCAGUAGACUCGUCCUUUUAUUGAUAGACGGAUAUCUCGCCUUCACCAUAGGUGACAUAAGUCGGCAAAAGCCAAACGAGCCCUUCGAAUCCGUGCUGAGACUUCGUCAGACACCGACCCAUUAGGGCUGAUCAGAAACCAAGAUAAGUGAAGUUGUCGACGCGUCCAACUACUUCACUCCCUAUCCUUAAGUCAGGUGUUGACGCAGACCAGUCCUGAAGCAACAGCUUGCAUUUAGAGGGGGAGAAGCACAUCCCAAACACCCUGGCAUUGUUACUCAGUACUACCAAAAGACUGCAUUUUAUCAGCGUCUUCACCAAACAGGACUAUGUCAUUUGCGUAUUCUAGGUCGGUGAAUAGUCAUCCUGAUAGGAAAUCAAUGCCCAAAAAUUCAGUUGAUGAGAGCGUUAUUUCCAUCAGUAGUUUUAUGAUGAAGUUAAACAAAAAUGGAGAAAGUGGACAACCUAGGCCCAAACCACUUGAGGUUGCAAAAGUAGAUGACAGUUCGCCAUAAGCCCUGACUCGACUGGUAAUGUCCGAAUAAAGAGCCUUCACAAGGUUUAUGUACUUCUGAAGUACACCCUUCAAUGACAGGCACUGCCACAGAACCUCUCGGUCUUCAGAGUCAAGUCAACAAGGACCACCAUUAUCGGACACCGAUAAGUAUGCCUGCGUUCUAAAACCUGAUGAUUGGUGAAUAUGUGGUCGAUACGGCCACGACCAGGUCUAAAGCGAGCCUGACUUUCUUAUGUUUGCAGUUCACAAGUCUUUGUUGAGGCUAGUAUUUUAGAUGCUAUGUUAGUCAAACUAAUCCCUCUAUGAUUGUCACAGGAUGAUUUUGACCCCUUCCCUUAUAUUUCGACAAUCAUCGAUUGCGACCAGUCAGAUAAGAUAACGUCCAACUCCUAGAUUUUAGCUAAAAUAUUAGUCGACCUAAUCGCUAAAACUAAAUCACCAUCUUUAAAGACAUCUGAAGUCUCCAUCUGGACCAGCUGUUCUUCCUCGUUUCAGAUUAGCUAUAGCUUUUUGAACUUUAAUCCGAGUCGGGGACCUGUCUGAAUGGUUGUUUGGAAAUGGUAGGUAAUUUCAGAGUACCUGAAGGCCGACUGAACUGCUUCUUAAAGUGUUCCGCCUGUCCUCCUACACGUCUGGGCUGUGAGUAGAUAAGUGUCGUCUUUUUGCGAGAUCGUCUCACUUACACUUGACUUCUUAAUUCCAGUUUCUUUUAUUAGUCUGAAAAGCUGUCUUGUGUUACCUACAGCUGCUGCCUUUUCUAUCUCUUUCGUUGCCCACCACAGCUCGCGGUCGUUCCCUAGAUAUUUGGUUAACCUAGAUCUGAUUUGUUUUCGCCCUUCAGCGUGUUCGGAGCCUGAUGGGACGAGUUUACGAAAGUCUCUCUAUGCAAUAGAUGUAGCAGAAAUCCACUGGUUGUUCGUGACCCUUUGGUUCAAAUCACCAAUAAAUGUCGCUGCUGUUUCCACAGCUGUUUGUAUGUCUUUCCAAGCAACAUCUGGUUCAGCCUCAUUUUCAGAACUAUCUAGGUGUGACCUCAGUUGUUUCUGGAACCUACUUUUGGUUUUCUCAUCACUCAAUUCAAUUCUAAUGGGUCUUUUUAGUGUGGCUUUUCUGCGUCCAGUGAGGUGCAAGCAGAUGCAUGCCCGUAUUAGAGCAUGGUCGGAGUCCAAUUAGGUAUUCCAGAAUGAGCGACAAUCUUUUGUCGGGCCUCUCAAACGAUGACUGAUGGCAAUAUGAUCUAUUUGAGUCAAUUGUUGGUUUGGUGCAAGAGGUCUCCAAGUUAGACGAUGUCUCUCCUUAUGCUUAAAAUUAGUACUUGCUAAAACUAAACAAUUGUCUGAACACAUUCGCAGCUGACGGUCACCGUUAUAUGUUCGCUGAGCCAGAAUACCAAAAUACCCACUGAAAUAUCUAUCUGUUGGGUUUAAACUACCUAGCUGGGCAUUAAAUUCACCUGCUACGAGCACUAUGUUUGAGUGUUUAACUUUUUGAAGAAGUCCUGUAAAAGUCAUCUUUCACUUCAUCCAGGUUACAGUCAGUGGGAGCAUAGGCAGAAGCGACGAAAAGGCAACGACGUGUGUCCAUAUCCUUCCGAGUUCUUACGGAGCCGUUUAACUGAACAGUACAUAGAUGACUGUUAUUGGGGAUCCACUCUAUUGGUGCUUGUUCUGCCGUCGUACUUAGUGCUAUGCGUACACCUGCCAGUCCACAAGAGCUAGCCAUCGGGUCUCCAUAUACACGGCGGGUGUAUCUCGUUUUGGCUAGAUUUAUUUAUUUAUUUGAACACAUAAACAUUGUUACAAGGGGACACCAAAUACAAUGCUCCACACAGUAAUAAUGAAGCCAGUAGCAGUUAUCAUUGGUUUGGAAUCAGCGUUUUCUAAUUUCCAUAGGUGGAUUCUCCAUAUCCAUCAACCCGGUUAAGGUACCGGACAUUCGCUUUUCCUCCUCCCAAUUUCGUAAACAACACCCCUACUGCGAGAAGGCAGUGAGUAGGACUUCCUUAUCAGUGGCUGUAUACGCGUAGCCAUGUUGAGAGCAUUUCGAGAGGGUGAGCUAACUCUCUCCACCCUCGGUCGUGUCAGAGCGUUUGGGGGUUGAGCCAAGGAGGUCUGUUGGCCGAUUUGACAUAGAGUAUGUACGUUGAAGGUUUGGAGCGAGUUUCCAGUAGACCUGGGACAGUACUUCUCGCACUAUAAUCGUUGGCCAUGGUGACACUUGAAGAGGAAGUAUAGAGUUGAUAGUCUAGACAGGAGGAAUAAUAGGAAUUGAAGAGGGAGAUUGAUUAUAAAUGCAGUGAUCUUGAGUACUGUUGGAGGUAUGUGAGGUGGUUAUCACUUUCCCGUUGCCCACACCGUGGAAGGGUUCUUCUAAAGGUAUCUGAAAAGGAAAUUGGAUUAGGAUUGGUCUAAAUGACUGAAGUGCCCAAGGGACAACUGCUUGAGGCCGGUCACACCCGCCCUUUUUGUGGGUAAAUUUUGUGUCUGUUCCGUACUUGUUGAAACCUUACCGUCGGAGACAAAUAUCCGUGGCAUAUGGCGAGGUGUGCAUUUUUAGGGUCGACAUUUUCUAACCUCACCCUUCCUUUGCAGGAAGGCACCAUCGCUGUUAUGCUGGUUGUCUGAAGGAAACACCUUACUGUCACAUUUCUGUAGUCAACAGUGCGACUUCACUUUUAGCCUUACCGUUCUUCAACCAAUCUAAUUGGCAUGGUAGAACCUUGAGAAAUGGUUGUUCUAGCCAGUAUAGCCCGGUUGGUUAGUUGCGAUAGGCAAGCCCGACCACCACGUCAAUGUAGCAGCAACGGUCGGGACGUAAUUGGGUAACCUCAUGCGCAAUGUUGACGUUAGACCUUCCAAGAGCAUUGAGCAUGUAAAAUAGGUCAGCCGACAAGGUUUCGGACCUGCGGCCGUUUAGGUAAUCAAACUAUCCACCAGUGUAUGUCGAACCACUUUUAUUUUGAGAUUCUUAGUAUUGGUUCCGGAAGACUAUGGAUACCUCUUUGUUUCUACAUGUUGAGUUUGAAAAAAACGGGUUUACCGAAUAUGUGACCUAUCAGUUGGAACUAGCGUUUAAUUCACUAGAGAACAACUCCACUUCUAUCAUUUACCUAAUAUUAUGUAUUCAUGUUUCAUUAAUGAUAGAUGAAUACCCCACACUUGGGUUCACAUUUGCAUUUCAAGUCGCUAUUUAAAUUCUGGCAAAAUCGGACUUCGAUAACCUCCAAUCAUAUUUCAUUUUGCAAAAUUAUAGAUUACAUUGUAAAAACUGGGGAAUGGUUUUCGGCUCAUGCUUAGGAUCUGCGGCAGUAAGAACUCUUCGACCUGUUGGAUUUCAUGUGUAUUUUCAAAGGUACCUGCUUGCCUCAUCCAAAUCAGCAGCAGUAUCCGUCCCAGUCAGUCAGACAACAACUCAGGCCGCAUCAGUUGUUGGUCGAUGGCUCUUGGGUCUUUCUGGCAUGACUUUUGGUGCUAUUUUGCUUGGUGGAGUUACAAGAUUGACCGAGUCUGGACUCUCAAUGGUUGACUGGCAUCCGUUUAAGGAGGUACCUCCUUUCAGUGAAGAACAUUGGCGACUAGAAUUCGAAAAAUACAAGAAGUUUCCAGAACAUGAACAUUAUGUAAAGGAGCGUGGUGAAAUGUCGAUCACUCAAUUCAAAUUUAUAUGGUAUAUGGAAUUUAUUCACCGAAUGUGGGGUCGGACGAUCGGUGCUGCUUUUGUUUUUCCAGCAAUCUAUUUUUUCUAUAGAGGUUAUUUCUCUUCCGUCAUGAAAUCUCGUGUUUUUAUUUAUGGGGGACUAAUUGGAUUUCAGGGUGUUUUGGGCUGGCUUAUGGUACGCAGCGGUCUCAAAGAACCUAGACGACCGGCAGGUCUUCCACCAAAUGAGAAUUAUAUUGGUGUUCCGCGUGUGGAUCAUUAUUGGCUUUGUGCUCACUUGAUUUCAGCGAUUAUUCUAUAUUCAUUACUUCUAUGGGGUAGCUUUAACCAUUUAGCUUCCCAUUCUUUAGUUAAACCAUUCAGCGGCGUCAAACGACUUAAAGCAUAUGGUCAUAUGGGUAAAGCUCUAACGUUUACAACCAUAAUUUAUGGUGCUUUUGUGGCUGGUCUUGAUGCAGGAUUAAUCUAUAAUUCAUGGCCAAAAAUGGCUGAUAAGUGGAUUCCUGAUGAUUUAAUUGUAUCUCGAUAUGGUUCCACUGUGAGGAACUUUUUGGACAAUCCAACUACAGUUCAAUUUACUCAUCGAAUGCUAGCUUAUACAACAGUUUUAACCACAGGUUUAUUAUGGGCAAAUGUCAUGCGUUUAGGUGUAGCAUGUACAGGACCACGUAUUAGGAAUGCUGCACACUUGGUUUUUGGUGCUGUGUUAGGACAAUCAUUACUUGGCAUAACAACUUUAUUAUGUUAUGUACCAGCUUCAUUGGGAUCAUUGCAUCAAUGCGGUGGUGUUGUUUUACUUUCAUCCUUACUCUGGUUUACGCAUUGUUUACGUGCUGUUCCAAAAUAAAAAGUUGCUAACACUUUUUUUAUAUAAAAUAAUUGCAAGAACAUCAUUUAGAACUACCAAAGAAGCUUACAUUUUUACGAUUGGCUAACGUUGUUAUUUGUCCUCUGCCAUUGAACCCGAUAAGAUAUUUUAUUGAUUCUCUAUUAACCAAUCAUUUACAAGGUCAAGGAAUAAAUCCUAGUCAUUGGAAUUUUUACUAAGCAUUUACAAAAUGUCUCUAGUCUUCGGAACUUGUGCUAAAUCAGGAAAUGAAAAUAUUGAUGCACGUUUCUCCAAGACAUAUGAACAAAUUGAAUUGUUACUGUCUCAAGCAAAACCUCAACCAAUAUCAUUAUGUGCAAAGGCUGCUGCUAUCGAAGCUUAUGAUCAUUUAAGAUGUCAUCAUUAUAUUCCUGAAGCAGAACAGUUAGUUAAUUUAUUAGCCAGACCACAUAUUAAAUCGUUAUUACUUUGUCAUGAUGGAAUAGCGAAUAAAGCUUAUGGACCAGUUCUACCACAGAUAUCAUCAGAAGUAGAUGAAGAUGAUAUAAGCGUGAAGAUUGUAAAUUUAAUCAAGAAUCAUGAACCACUUGGAGUUACAAUUAAAAUUAAUGAAAGAAAUGGAGCUGUCCUAGUUGCACGUGUUAUGCACGGUGGAGCUGCUGAUCGUACAGAUGCUAUUGAUGUCGGGGAUGAAAUCCAAGAGAUUAAUGGUAUUACCGUACAUGGGCGAGACCCUAUGGAAGUGAUACGAAUGUUGACAACGAUAUCUGGCGAUGUGAAGUUGAAACUGAUUCCAUCUAUUACAAAAAAACAACAAGCAGAAAAAAAUCAAGUACAUGUUCGAGCUUUAUUCUCAUACAGUCCAAGCUCAGAUUCACUAACUCCAUGUCCAGAAGCUGGUCUGGCAUUUUUAAAAGGUGAAAUUCUGCGUAUAGUCAAUUCAGAAGAUCCGAAUUGGUGGCAAGCUGUAAAAGUUGAAUUUCCACUUAGUGGGAUUGUUCCAUUUGUACUGGGUAAUAAUUUAACGCAACCAAGUUUAGGUAGAGCUGGUCUAAUACCAAGUAAAAUGAUGCGAGAAUGGAAAAUGCAGUAUCACUUUAAUUCAUUGCAUACAAACGGCGGACAAGAUACACAAAUUCAUGAUUCUCUUUCAUAUGAAGAAGUAGAACGUUAUUUUCCUGAAGAAGGUUGUUAUCGGCCAAUUGUUUUAGUAGGACCAAGUGGUGUAGGAAAGUCCGAAUUAAUUCGUCAAUUAAUUAGUACAGAUCCUGAACAUUUUCGAGAACCAAUCAGAAUAACCACACAAGAACCAAAAUCUGAAGAAGUUCAUGGUGUCGAUUAUUUAUUUGUAACUAAAGACGAAUUCAAUACAUUCAUGGAUGCCGAUUGCCUUAUAGAUCCUUGUGAGACGUCAAAAAAUUGUAUGACAGGAUUAUGUUUAGAUGCAGUAUUAGAAAUUAUUCAAGCUGGUCAAGUGGCAAUUUUUGAAGCAGAUUAUCGUAAUUUAGUGUCACUUAGGACAUCAACAUUGAAACCAUUUAUAAUUUUUGUUAAACCACCAACGUUCGAUGUUUUGCUGGAAACACGACAAAUAUAUAAUCAUAAAAGCAGUAAUUGUAAUACACCAACAAUAAAUGAUACAACUUCAACUGUGGAAUUAUCACCAACACAUUCUGUACCAACUACGCCACAUUUAACUAAUCGUACUAUUAGUGGUUGUUUUACACCUGUAAGGAACUGUCAACAAUGGAGGAAAGUCUCCGGUGAAUUGGGACAAGAGAAGAAAAACACAAUGUCCUCAGCGCCAUCAUUAUCAGCAUCAUCGUCUUUGGAUAAUAUACUGGCUACGGAGAUACAAAAAAAAAUGUCAUUGGCUGAAACACACUUUCAUGAAAUGAUUCAAACAGCAUCUCGUCUCGAAGUAACGCAUGGCCAUUUAUGGGAUUUUGUUUUAAUUAAUGAUGAUUUACCAGUGGCAUUGGAACAAUUAUCUGAAAUGGCUUACCGUAUUGAAACAGAAGCAUUUUGGAUACCGAGAAUUUGGUUAAAUUCAACAAGUAAUGAAUUGAAUUCAGAGAAUAGUCGAUCUUAUGUAGAUGCAUCAGUGAGUACAAUGACUACAACUGCUGUUCAGUAAAGGAUUUUGAUAGGCUGUUGUCUCUUCCCAUUGUUUUUAUUAGGAGGCCAACAGGUGAUUCUGUUUUUAUGGAGGAUUGCAUUUACAUGUGUUCGUAGUUCCAAUUUCUUAUAAUUUAACUGAUUGCCAACUUCAUCACUACCAUUUUUUCAAAGAUAUUUCGAACUACACCUUAACACUCCAAAACAAUUAUUCUACUUACCAUGUAUAUCUUUUCACAAAACUAGUUAUUUCAUGUAAUGAAUUAACUUCUUGGAUAUUUUACUGUAUUCUUUUGCUUAUUUUUAUCACUAAUUUGUGAAAUAAAACCAAUACUUAAUUUGUAUUUAGUUUCAUAAAUCGAUGUAAGUUAAGUCACCAUUAAAAACCUGGAAGUGCUGGGCGGUCGUUUCAUCCUAGUGUGGUACUCUUCAGCAGUGUGUAUUCAUGAUCCCAGGUCAUUUGGUUUCCCACAUGAAUGCUUAACCUUUGAAUUACUGAACUGACAUUUAAUGGUGUUAAUGUCUAACCUCAAUCAAUCCACAAUAUUGCAUGACCAUUUCCUAUUGUCUUUGGUGGAUAACUGCUGAAUAUAGGUCAAAUUCGACUAAUCAACCAUUAAAUGAUUGUCUCGUACUUUAGUUGGUCAAAUUUAGACGUGUUACCACCAAAGUAAGUAGUUUGACAUUAUAUUGGGUUGUAUGUAAUUGUUAGUAAGUAAGAAGUAACUGUAUCUGUCAGGGGUUGGAAGUAGUUAAAAAGAUAUCUCAUAUGCUUCAUCAUAGAUUUGAGCAUUUAUAGCUCUGUACCGUUUCAAAAAUCCUUAACACAAAGUUUAUGAGAUGAGGACAACUUUAUGUAUCCCUUAACUACUUAAUAUAAAACGUGUUUUAUUAGGAAGUUAUAUUGAGGCUGUAUCCCAUAUUUAAAUAUACCUUUUACUAUAUAAUGACAUAAAUCUACAAAUAACGUUGACUGGUUAGUAUUUGGGAUUAUUGCUCGUAAG